AACACUCAGGCAUAAAAGUGUGGACUGACAUACGAUCAGUCAUACGGAGAGUAAAAAGGGAAAGUUAUUUGUGGGAGCCUGGAAGUCUGUUAACAACAUGGAGAGGAGGAAACACACAUGGAAACAUUACGGCGUGUCUGUCUCCAAAUUGUAGACUACAUGGAACGUGCGGCACGUUUAUUUUGCUAAUUGAGAAAGUUGUAUGAAAAUAUACAAUGGUUAUAAAUGAGUCUAAUCUGAACAGUUCUUCAGACCUCAAUGAGCACGUCCUAAAUCGCCCCCCUUGGGUCACUACAACUUUGGGGUGUUUCCUGAUAUUUACUAUCGUGGUUGAUAUUUUGGGAAACCUUUUGGUGAUAUUCUCCGUUUAUCGAAACAAGAAGCUGAGAAACGCAGGGAACAUCUUUGUGGUGAGCCUUGCGGUUGCUGACCUGGUGGUGGCCAUCUACCCGUACCCACUGGUACUUACCUCCAUCUUCCACAAUGGCUGGAACCUUGGCUAUGUCCCCUGCCAGAUCAGCGGUUUCAUCAUGGGUAUCAGCGUCAUCGGCUCCAUCUUCAACAUCACUGGGAUUGCUAUCAACCGCUACUGUUAUAUCUGCCACAGUCUCAAGUAUGACAAGCUGUACAGCGAUAAGAACUCUGUCUGCUACGUUCUGCUCAUCUGGGUGCUGACUGUGGUGGCCAUUGUGCCCAACCUGUUCGUGGGCUCACUCCAGUAUGACCCGCGCAUUUACUCCUGCACCUUUGAGCAGUCGGCGAGCUCAGCCUACACCAUCGCGGUGGUCUUCUUCCACUUCAUCCUGCCUAUCAUGAUCGUCUCCUACUGCUACCUGAGAAUCUGGAUCCUUGUCAUCCAGGUGAGACGGAGGGUGAAGCCGGACAACCGGCCCAAGCUGACGCCGCACGACGUCAGGAACUUUGUCACCAUGUUCGUGGUGUUUGUGCUGUUUGCCGUAUGCUGGGCGCCACUCAACUUUAUUGGUCUGGCGGUGGCCAUUAACCCUGAAGCGGUGGUGCCAAUCAUCCCUGAAUGGCUUUUUGUGGCCAGCUACUUUAUGGCAUACUUCAACAGCUGCCUUAAUGCCAUUGUGUAUGGGGUGCUGAACCAGAACUUCAGGCGCGAGUACAAGCGCAUCGUGGUGUCAGUGUGCACUGCACGCAUCUUCUUCCAAGAAAGUUCUAACGAUGCCGUAGAGAGGCUCAAAAGCAAGCCCUCGCCACUCAUGACCAACAACAAUCAGGUCAAAGUUGAGUCUGUGUGAAAGGAAUGGGGGAUUCCUAGAUGUUUCUACAUCGAAAAUGACUGUGCAGGGACAGAAUGAUGUGAGAAAAACUAAAAAAACAAGAAAAAAUAUAUAGUUGUAAAAAAUAUCAGAACGAAGGGAAGUAUUUGAAAAGAGAACAAACUACCAAAAAAGAAUUUCAACGUUUCUGAACUGCGGGAAAACUGUGCUGUAUCAUUCUCUAUACAAUCAAACCGAAGCAGGGGAAAAUAUCUUAGUAUUUUACGCAAUUCUGUUUUGUUUCUUUGGUACCCCAAAACAUAACAAUGCCCCCCCCCCCUUUGUUUUCAAUGUUCACAGUGUUGAUAUCAAUGAAUCUAUGUAAGAUGUAUUGUAUUUAUUUUUAAUGACAAACAGUAUAUGUUAGUAUAUCUAUACAAACUAUAUUUCAGGUGCGUUUCACCCACAGUGAUGGAUCCAAAGUGGUGAACAAAGUGAAAACUAAAUAUAUUGUGAAAAAGCCAGCAACCUUCCCCAGAGCAUGGUCACAUACACCAACCAAAAUAGUUUACGGAUAAACUAUUUAAGAACGUUUUGGGGAGAUUGUGUGACAUUGAUGCUGUCCUUGGGUUCAAGCAAUAUGGUUGCUGCUGUUCUGCAAAACUGUUACUGUCAGUUGGUGCAAUUAUCAUGUCUGUAAGUAUGCGAUCUUUACUCUCUUCUCUCUUUCUUGAUCUCUUUUUCUCUCUCUUUCUCCUCUUCAAAUUACCUGUGAGCUCCUUGUACUGUAUGGAUGAAUCAGAAGAAUCGUUCAUAUGCAAAAUAAAAUCUAAUGUUGGAGGG